AUGCUAACUCUUGAAUGUAUACAUGAAUGUUUCAGUGCAAAAGCACUUGCCGCACCUACCGAAGGAAAUGCCGUCGAAACUGAGGAACAGAUUGUAGUCACGCUUGGACCUCCUCGAGAUGGCAUUCAGCGCGCGUUAAUCGAUGAAGUAGAAGGCAAUAAAAUUGCCAUUCUUCCCAGCCUGGAUGACAAAGGUCGUGUGCGUCCGGGAGACCUGGACGGAUAUGAUGAUAACUUUGUGGAGCUACGAGAAGCCACAGCCAUUCAGGCCAAAUCAAAUCGUGCAACCACGUCCUCAGCCUCAGCUCCAGCCUCAACCCAACCUCCAACCUCAAUUCAGGCCUCAACCUCCUCAACCGCCACCAUUCGUUCAACCUCAACAGCCCGUUCAGUCAAGACCAGUAGUCCCCCAGCGUCUUCAGCCUCAGCCUCAACCGCAGAGACCUCAACCGUAUCUCAGCAAUUAACUCAACAACAACAACAGAAUCCAUUCGCCACAGAACAAACUCAAACACGGAUAACGGGUCAUAUUGACGGCCGUGGUCAGAAUGUUGGUGCACAAACCAGCAACGACAUUAUAAGAAUAACUGGUUAUCUUGGAAAUCGAGAGAAACCCCAAACACAAGUCGAGACCCAAACAGAUCAGAUCCAGCAGAAUCGUAUCCAAAGGAUAACGUUACCAUCUCCAUCUCAAACUACUGCAAUUCCACAAAAACGGAAUGAUCCAGUUGAACAACGUCUAAUGGCUCAACUAAAUGAGCUGGAACGAUUACGGGAACAGUCCAAUAAACUUCGAGACGAAGAACGAUUACUGCAGCAACAAAAACUUGCAAUCCGAGAAGAGCAAGUGAAACAACUGCAACGAAUUCGGUUAUUGAAAAAACAGCGAAAUCAACUGCUGAGACAACAAAAGAAGUUGAUGCGAGCACAUCAUCAGAUGCAUCCGAGAGCACCGCCCGGAAAAACGCAUCGUCCUUCACCUCCAAAGUCACCAUCACAUCGUAUUUUCACCUCAGAUCAGGAAACACGAUCGCAGCAGCACCGUCACACAAGUACUAAUCAUUCAAGUCAACAACAGCAGCGACCAACCGCAACCUUACCUCCAGCUUUUCCGACCGUGCCGCAAUUCCCAGUCAAUCAACGACCCGUCAGACCAAGACCGCAACCUCCUCAUUCCCCACCUCGUGUUGCUCUGCCAUCGCGUACAACCGGACAAACUACCGCACCAAAUCUUCGAACUGGUGUUUGUCAUGCAUCGAUCUUCUAUAUAUCGUCACCUUUGGAAACUCGGUCUCGACUAACGUUCACCCAUUUCGCGAUCGCUGUAUCGGUUGAUCAAUGUGCGAGAACUUGUCAUGAAUUCAACUGUGCUAUUGCCCAUUUCGACCCAGCCAAUGGUCAUUGCCAAUUUAAUCCAUCAACUGCAUUCGCCGUGCGUGAAGGACAAUGUCCAAGAUGGCCAUCAGCUCAUUAUAGAAACAAUGUUAUGACGCAAGGAGCAAUUCGCAUAUUUUGUGUGCAGUGCCACAGGCCAUUUCGACGUGGACGAGGAAGAAGCCAUGGUGGACGCUUCAGAACACGUAUUGUUCAGCCUCAGUUCACCGGAAGAUUGACCUCAGCACUUGCAAGAUCAGCGAAAAUUUCAUCAAAGAGAAUCAGUUUAGAUGAUUCAUCGCUUUUAAAUGGACGUGACGACAACGAUCACAAUUAUGAAUCCACAAAUAUCAGGAAUAUUCAUCAACCAACGAAUAAUACGAAGUGGGACGCCGAAAAGGAUGAGCGAUUGGAAGUGGAUAUCAAUGAAUUAGAACGCAAGGUGAUCGAAAUGACACGAAAAAAUGAAGGAGGAAUACAACAUUCAUUAAAAUCAUCAGCCAUUGUUCGAGAACAGCACUCGGCUGAGACGAGUGCAGAUGAGUCGGAGAAUUUAUAG